CACCUACAUAUGAUCACCCAAUAUCCCACAGCGGCCCGCCGAGUGUGACGAGCUUGGCACUGUUGGCGUUCCCAGUUCUGGAAAAUCAAGGUGGAUGAUCCCGAUUUCAAGUUUUGCCAAAGGCUGCUGUGCCUACCUGGAGAGUAUAUCCGACACCCCUUGCAGUUGGACCGCUCGCGUUCUUUCUUGCCUGCCUCCUCCAUACUUGAGUUUGGAAGCAGGCUCGAGUAAGACACACUCACACACCAACCAUGCCGCAGCCACAGUCGCAUCCUGUCGUUGUCUGAACAUCCCUGAACCCAUCCAUAACCUCCUCCACACCGCGCAGUUCACACUCACACCAUCAGUGGGUGACACACAUCAUACUUACGUUGUCAUAUUCCAGUCUCCGCCAAGCCACUCAUAUCGUCCACGGCCGAUAACGUAAGAGAAGAUCCGUCAAGGCCCGUGAGAACAUUUGCAGACAACGCCAGGGGAUCCCCCACACGAGCCUAAGAGCCGGCCAACGAGCACUCGCCCGAAACAAAACCACUACCCAACGGCUAAGCGAAACUUUGUUUGCAAAGGCAUGCCUGUCAUCUGUCAGGCAGUGUCGAUUCCGAUUGUACCUACGCGUACCGCCCGCGCGCAAGGCUCCCACACCCUCCACCAGUCCCAAUCGCCGAUAUCCCCCUCAAUAAGGAGGACCCAAGCAACAAUCCUGCGGAGAUGCCGAUGCCUCCCGACACGCUCAACACCCCGCAGGACUUGGAUAGCACGGGCGCUCGUGCAAUAGGGUCCGAGCAGCAGCAGCGGCGGCGACCGCAGGAGGACGACAACACUCAAUACUAUGAGCAGGCCGUUGAAAAAGAGAGUCAUGGAUCACAGCUGCUGCUGCAGCAGCAGCAGCUAGCUGACACCAUCCACUAUCACACCCAUCACACCGCAAUUCCGGACUCAGCGGUGUUGCAGGCACAGCCGCCCGAGCAGCCCCACCUCUCGCCCUUCUAUCCUCCGGCCCUAGAUGAUCAGCUCGCAUUCGACGCUCACGGCGCCAUACCGAUCGACCCGGUGCUGUUGGAUGCCCGCUUUGGCCCUCCAGCGGCCUCGGGGAAUGGCGGUGGCGGGGGCCCCGGGUUCCACCAGGGCCAACCGGAAUACCACUGGGCGGCCGCACCGCAGCAGCUUUCCUCGGCCAACAUGGACAACUUGAUGGCAUCUCCGGCCUCCCUGCCGCCGUACAACGACCCCCUGGCCCCGUUCCUGCCCGGGAUGACCGGCUUUGAGCCCCAGUUAAGCACGACAUGGUCGAUGGACGAGAGCCUGCCGUCGACGUCGACCUCGAGGGGCCCCGCCAUGUCCUCCAGCCUCAGCCUGCCCGACACCUCGACUCCGGCCAGCAGCAAGAGCCCGGGUUCUCCGAGGAAGGCCGCCGCCGGGCUGAACAAUCAAACACAUCUCGCCGGCAAGGACGCUGCCCUGGCCAGGCACCCGGGCAUGCAGCUUGAGCCACGGGUCGGGGAUGAGCCCAGCAAGAAGAGGAGGCAGACGGUCGGGCCCCAGGCGACGGCAUGGGACAAUACUGAGAAUUUGAGAAGCAGCCGAAACAACUCCUCCCCAGGGUUCUCCACCCCACAUGUCGCGAUCGCUCCAGCCCCAAUCCCCGCGGCAGCCACGGGAGACGACAACAAUAGCAUCCACAGCAGGAAGGGCAGUAGCAUCGGCAGUAAUAACAACAACAGCCCCGGCCUGGCCGAGAGGACCAAGAAGACAACGACGGCGCCAAUGACAACAACAAAAACAACAACAACCCCGCAGACGAGCAACGCCGCCGGCCCCUCGCCUCAGCCCCAGCCAGGUGCACCAACGACGACCGCGGACCAGCCCCCCGACCCGCGGGCGCGCAACCGCCAGGCGGCCAACCGGAGCCGCGCAAAGAGCAAGAGGGCGGAGGCGGAGCUCGAGGCGGUGGAGCGGGCCCUGGGCAGCGAGCACGAGCGCCUGACGCGGACGGCGCGGUCCCUGCACGACGAGGUCCUGGACCUCAAGACCGAGGUGCUGGCGCACGGCAACUGCGGCGACGAGCUCAUCGAGCAGUACCUGACCAACUCGGCGCGCCUGGUCGGCAGCGGCGCCAGCACCGUCGGGGCCGCAGUGGGUGCCGCCGCCGCGGCGGCGACGACGACGACUGCUUUCGCCGGUGGAGUCUUGCGUCAACCGCCGGGAACAGCAAUACCCUCUGGGCCGUCACUCGGUGGGGCCGGUGGGAUUGAUGGUUCCUCACGCGCGGUGCUCUCAACGGCCUCGCCUCCUCGUGUGCUGCCCCUUGCUGCGACAGCCCCGUCGUCGUUACCCGCCGCCCCGGUCGCUGGACAGACAACAACGAAAAGGAAUGCAAAAUCGACAGGAGGGCGAGGCGAGGGCAGCACUGGAGGUCAGACGCCUUGAAUAACGGAAACUGGAGCCUUGAUUUGGGGGGGGGGGAGGAGAGGCCAACAUAAUGGCGACUGUCCCGUGCAAUAUCAAGACGAACACGAAAGCAACGACGGAAUAGGGCAACGGGGAGGUGGGGGCUUUUUUUUUUGUCAUGCUUUUGGAAGACGAAUAACUUGUGGGUUUCGAAACAUGCAACACAACAACGUAUACGAGGCGCCUAAGCGAUAGCAUGGAUACGAUACCCCCAAGACGAGAGCUUGGCAUCAUUGAACGUUUGCAAUGCGAUAAUGAGGAGAGGAAGAGCAUUGGUGCGGACCAGAACCUCAGGAGGUGCAACUUGGUUCGGCUGGAGGCAGCUGUGAGCGGGCUGGGACAUGAUGAAGAGAAGUAGUGCAGAGGUUUCUUGUCUUUUCUUGGGAGUUGGGCCAUCGGAUGCAUUAAGGGUCAGUGAUUGCAAGCACAACAUAUACCCUGGUUUUUUAGAACCUGAGGAGGUAACUCAAUGGAGUUCUGUGGCAUUGGGAGCAGUGCACAAGGAUGGCUGUGCGGAACUCUUGCCCACAACUUGAAGUUGCCACUGUGUGCAAAGGAGGAUUGGAGGUCUUGCAGGUAGUCAUUUCAAGGCUACCCACAUAGUUAAUAGGACUGACCACCUGAUCCACUUGAUCAACUGUGCCGUUGUCCUUUCUCUUUUGGACUUCCAAUGUCUGCAUUGUGACCCUGACUGGCCCUCAAAUAGGCCUCCACAGACCUUGGCAGGUGUUCCAAGGCUGGGGACCUCUGGUCCGACUCGGCCGACGAUCUCGGGUCCGGGACCAAGGCUCACAAAGAACGGGGUACUCCCUCCAGGAGGUGGGGGGGCUUGGGAGUGCUGUGCUGGAUUGAGACGAUCAUGGCAGGGAUAAAUAACACAGUGAAUGAAUGCCGACACGGCCCAUGAGGCUGUCGUCCCUGACCACUCUAGUUGAGAAGCUAGCACAAGAGAGGUUUUGAAGGAAGAGCAGCGGACAGAUCACUAAUAAAGGGAGAAGAAUAUCUUGCAAGAUCAAAG